AUGUCUGUACGGCAAGCGUACCGCUCGUUCAAAGCGCGUGCGUACCGCUCGCCGACCCUGUACUUUGGAGCACCGUUUAUUCUCACGAUUGCUUUGAGCACGAUGGGCCUUGCGCAGUUCACGCAAACCCGGUACGAGUACCAUGACAAACACGUCAAGGCGUUGAACAAGGAAGAAGUACUCAAGCUGAAUCGCGAUAAGCGGCAGCUCGAUAUCCGUGAAGAAUACUUCCGCAUGGCGGGCAAGGAUGAUGGUGCCGAUGACUGGGAGCCGAAACGCGUGGCGCGGCCUGCAGGAAUGCCGGAAUGGGGCGGCGUACCUUUGCCGGCGCCGCAAGGAAAAGAAGCCGUCGAGGCUGACACUGCAAAACACUCCAGCUCUUCAUGGUUUGCUCGGCGGCGUGAAGUGCAUGCCGAAGAGCGUCCGCAUGAUGCACCGGAUACGACGCCCAUGCCGACGAACGCACGCAAACCACCAGUUGAGCUGGGUCCUGACGGAAAGCCGUGCAGGGCCUGCAAUUCGCGCGUUGCUUUUGGUAUGGCGCUCCGACAAGCACAAAAGCCACGCGAUGCAUGCCCUGCAGAUAUUGAAGAGCUUGGGCGGAGUACAUGGACAUUUUUGCACUCUGCCGCGGCGUACUACCCCGACGAGCCCAGCAGCGUGCAGCGUGCGUCGAUGCUAGCGCUUUUGGAUGCGCUACCGCAUGUAUACCCGUGCUCAACAUGUGCUUCGGAGCUGGAGCUGGAGUAUGCAAGACAGCCUUCGCAGGCGCGUGCAGAUGCGGUCCAGAAUGGCGCUACGCUGCGGUAUUAUCUCUGCACGCUACACAAUGAGGUGAAUGUACGGCUCGGCAAGUCGGUGUGGGAUUGCAAUGAUGUACAGCGCUUGCAGCACCGGUGGUACGAGGCGCCGGAGGGAAGUGCAUGCUGA